AAAAAAAAAAAAAANAGAGAGAGAGAGAUUCUUCUUCGAUUCCAGCGAAGGGAAAGCGUAUUCCUCGUGAGCACUAACUUCUCACCCCUCUCUUCAUCAUCUUCUUCUUCUUCUUCUUCAGUCUGUGUUCACACAAAUCUUCAGUUCUUCACCUACCCCAUCCAAAGCUCUCUCUCUCUCUCUCGGAGAUUUCGAGGUUUGGCGGUGGUGGUUUUUUUUGCCGAUGACGUCUGACGGUGCUACGUCGACAUCAGCAGCAGCGAGGAGGAAACCGUCGUGGAGAGAGAGGGAGAAUAAUCGGAGGAGAGAGAGACGGAGAAGAGCUGUAGCUGCUAAGAUAUACACUGGUCUUAGAGCUCAAGGGGAUUAUAAUUUGCCUAAACAUUGUGAUAAUAAUGAGGUCCUUAAGGCUCUUUGUUCUGAAGCUGGUUGGGUUGUUGAAGAAGACGGUACUACUUAUCGCAAGGGAUGCAAGCCUCUACAUGGUGAGAUAGCUUCAACAGGGAUGCAUAGCCCUCUUUCAUCAGCUUUUCAAAGUCCAAUCCCGUCUUACCAAGUCAGCCCUUCUUCCUCAUCUUUCCCAAGUCCCUCUCGUGGUGAACCAAAUUCCACCUACUUCCCCUUCCUCAGAAACGGUGGCAUUCCUUCCUCUCUUCCUUCUCUCAGAAUCUCAAACAGUUGUCCCGUUACCCCACCUGUCACGUCUCCAACUUCCAAGAAUCCUAAACCGUUGCCCAACUGGGACUCUAUUGCUCAGCAGUCCAUGGCUAUUGCUAAACAAUCCAUGGCGUCUUUUAAUUAUCCUUUCUAUGCGGUUUCUGCACCUGCUAGUCCUACACAUCGCCAGUUUCAUACCCCGGCUACUAUACCUGAAUGUGAUGAGUCUGACUCUUCUACUGUUGAUUCUGGUCAUUGGAUAAGUUUUCAGAAGUUUGCACAACAACAUCAACAGCCUAUAUUCUCUGCCUCUAUGGUCCCAACUUCUCCUACUUUCAAUCUUGUGAAACCCGCUCCUCCGCAGAUGUCUCCAAAUGCUUCUGCGUUCCAAGAGAUUGGUCAAAGCUCUGAAUUUAAAUUUGAGAAUAGCCAAGUUAAGCCGUGGGAAGGAGAGAGGAUACAUGAUGUUGGUAUGGAGGAUCUUGAGCUUACACUUGGAAAUGGCAAGGCUCGUGGUUGACAAUAUGAACAAACUGGGCAAAAAAACUCAUAUUGUUCCUUCUUCCAGGUAUUUGGAUCUUUAUGGGAAUCUCAUAUGUUCCUCACUUACUGUCCAAAUAUGCUUCUCAAAGCCUUCUCCGUGGAAGCAUUUGGAGUGUUAGAGUGAUUUGUUCAGUUCAUGAAUUUGGUUUCAAAAGCAUUAUUUGUAGAUAAAAUAUCUUAAUAUGUAUGAUUCUGUCCCCUUACAAAUGUCACAUGAAGUAGUGGCUUGAACCUGUUUUGUGUCUUGUCAAAUUGCUUAGUCUCAUGUCUCAAGCUCAUGCUCUUUGCAUCAAAGAUCCAAUCUUUGCAGAACAUAUUCUUUUACAAAAUGUUAAAUUCUUUAUUCUCUGCAA